AUGGAAAAUCUCCAGUUGGUUGCUGCUGGUGUCCUCACCAUCAUUGCUUUGCUUUCCGCUUACGUUAUCGUUGCUUCCUCGUCUUCUGGCCGCGCGGUGCUCAAGAAGGAUCAAUUCCAAGACUUCCCACUCAUCCAAAAAACUGUCCUCAGUCACAACUCUGCCAUUUAUCGUUUUGCCCUCCCUAAACCAAAUGACACCUUGGGAUUGCCUAUUGGCCAACAUAUCUCCAUUGGUGCCAUGAUCAAUGGCAAAGAAAUUGUCAGAUCUUACACCCCAACCACCUUGGAUACCGAAAAGGGCCAUUUCGAUUUGUUGAUCAAAUCUUAUCCUAAUGGUAACAUCUCCAAGUACGUUGCCGAAUUGAACAUCGGCGACUCCAUCAAAGUCAGAGGUCCAAAAGGGUUCUUUGAAUACCAACCAAACGCUAGCGCCAAUUUCGGAAUGGUGGCUGGUGGGACCGGGAUCGCCCCAAUGUACCAGAUUAUCCAAGCUAUUGCUGCUAACCCAGAAGACAAAACUAAGGUCACUUUGAUUUAUGGUAAUGUCACCGAAGAAGAUAUCUUACUCAAGCAGGAAUUGGACCAACUCGCCGCCGAACACAGUAACAUCAAGGUUCAUUACGUGUUAGAUAAGCCACCAAAGGAAUGGUCCGGUCGUCAAGGUUAUAUCACCCAAGACAUGUUGAGCGAAUUGUUGGCUGGCCCAGAACCAGAAAAUAGAUUGUUGAUGUGUGGUCCUCCACUCAUGGUUAGCAGUAUCAAGAAAUCUGCAGUGAGUUUGGGUUAUGCCAAGGCUAAACCAAUUUCUAAGGCUGAUGAUCAAGUUUUCGUCUUUUGA